AUGGGGUUUCUUUCGGAUCAUCCACGCACGGCUAUCACCGAGACGAUCUUCCGAAUCGUCUCUUCAAGGGACUACACGCUGGAAGUGGAGCUGGCACCCCUGAUUCAGCUUAUCAAGGCAGACCGCAACGACUACAACUACACUGUCAACCAGGAAGAGGCUGCGCGGGCGCUCAGGAAGAAGAUAAAGUACGGGAACCGGCUGCAGCAGUCCAGGACUCUGGACCUCUUGGACCUGUUCAUUUCGCAGGGCGUCAAGUUUACCGUCAUGUACAAUGAUGACAAGUUGCUGCAAAGACUGAAAGGGAUGGCCACGAAUUCUGAGUGCAGCGGGUCCGGCGAGAAGUACGAGCCCAGGAUCAUCAAGAAGUGUGCAGCAUAUGCGAUCUCGUGGUCAAACUACAUCACGCAGAACGGGCUGGAGAACGCGAGGGCGUAUGCUGGUCUUUAUCAAAUGGGCGAAUUGGUCAAGCAGAAGUAUUCGAAGAGCAAGGGCUCCCGCCGUGGUGGCGGUGGCCGCGCUGGUGGCCGCUCCAAUUUCAUGGAUGACAGCGCCGACGACACUUUGUACCAGUCGAGCUCGUUGACCAGUGCCGAUAGAUUGUAUAGGAUCCCGCAGAUCAAUUUGAACAAGGAAGCACCCAAGAUCAGGCUGAUCAUCAGCGAUGCUCUCGCGUCUGCGGUGUCUCUGCAGAACUCGCUGAUCGGACUGCCCAGGGGCAAGUGCUCCACGGACGACGAAGAGGCCACGUCCAAGUUCAUCCAGGCCAGGGCCAUCAGGAGGAAGGUUCUCAGAUACCUGCAAUUUGUCACGGAGGGCGAGUUUCUUGGCAGCCUGAUCCAUGCUAACGAUGAACUGGUGGCUGCGCUGACUGCGUACGACGAUAGAAGUGCUCUGGACACUGCCAGCGAUGAGAACGAUCGUGACUCGUACAGCGACGAUGUUUACGACGAAAACGAGCAGGAUAAUAGCAGGUACAUCGAUAGCGAGUCCUCGGAGGAGGAAAGCCUGUCCUCCCGCCAGCCGUCCACCGUCUCGAACCCAUUUGGCGACCAUAACAAAAUUUAA